UCCCUCUCCCUAUGAGUUGGACUCCUCUUCAGCUUAAUGGAUAGAUAUUGUACCCCUUAAUUCUCUAUUCCUACUUCCUUUCCCUAUUUAACAAGUUAGAAGGCAAGGGAUGAAGCAAACUAAGAGGAAGAGGAGCGGAAUUGGGAGUCAAACAAGAAAUCAGAUUGCUUAUGGCCCAUGAAAAGGCACCUCCUUCUCCUCCUCCUUCCACCUAUCUCUGUAAAAUCUGCCAUGAAGAGGAGGACGAAAGAUCCACAAGCAUGGAAUCCCCAUGCGCCUGCUCCGGAACUCUCAAGUUUGCUCACAGAGAGUGCGUGCAGCGGUGGUGCGACGAGAAAGGAAGCAAUGUUUGUGAAAUUUGCCGUCAGGUAUUUGAACCAGGGUACACCUUUUCAGAAAAGAAGGCAAUGGUGGAUGUGGUCGUGACCAUAAGGAUAAGUCAUGAUGCUGAAAGCCAUGAUUUCAAUGAUGAAAACAGUGGUGGAACUGGCUAUAAUUAUGUAGAGUGCUCCACUUCAUCGCAAAGAGGUGCCAUUGUCUGCCGGUCUGUGGCAAUCAUGUUGACAGUUAUGUUGCUAGCAAGGAAUUUCUUCACUGUAAUGAUGUUGGGAUCUGGGCAAUAUGCAUUUAGCAUUCUCACUUUUGAUCAGGUGUUUGCCCUUAGAGCUUGUGGAAUUAUAAUUCCCUUUUACGUGGUCAUGAGAUUGAUAGCAAUGGUUCAAAGAGCACAACUACAGUGUCAGCUAGAGCAACAUCGAAGAGUUCGUACCAACAGUGGUGAAAGGGAAGAACAAAUAGUGUGACAGCAUCCCAUCCAAAUCAGUACAGCAUAAAGUUCUCCACAUUCUUGUUUUUUCUUUAUUUCCACUUACAUUUUUUUCUUCUCUGAUUCAUUAAAGUUAGCACGAUUCUGCUAAUUCCACGGUAUAUAAUAGUGUUAAAAAGAAUCUCAUGUGUUCAAUAAAGGAAAAGUGAAUACAUACUCUAAGAAAUUCUCUA